GGUGGGUUUAAUGGCAGCGCCAUUUUCGAAUAGCAGGGAAACUUCGUUAGUUAUUGGGACAGCUCUAAUAGUGCGUAUGACCCUCAUGUCAGCAGUUCACCAUGGCUAACUAUCAAGAGGAUGACACGGACUUGCCAAAUACACAAAUUGUGGAUGACAGAGUUCUUAAAGAUGUUGUAGCCUAUGUAGAAGUGCGGUCCACAAAUGACAAUAGAACCAAGGCGAUAUGUAAGGAGCUGGAGAAUCUUGGAGCCAAGAUCAAGAAGACCUUCACAGAUGAUGUCACACAUGUUGUGUAUAAAGAAGGCUGUAAAAGAACAAGGACCAAAGCUCAGAAAAAGGGCGUUUUCCUUGUAUCAGUCCUUUGGGUUGACAGCUGUAAGCAGAAUCAGGAACAUGUAUCAGAGAGGCUUUAUCCAGCUUCACUUCCUGACGACAAGUCCACACCUGUACUUCUCACAAAACUCAAGAAAAUGAAGUCCAUGCAACCACGUGAUUUUGAUGAGGAUGUAGCCAAUAGUGCUGAACGCUGUACAAAACGAAAGCGCAAGGUUGAUCUUCUCAAGAUGGGUAAAGACAGCACCCCCUGUAACUCCCCUGGCCUUGGAGGUAUCCUGGUUUGGGAGACACAGCCAAGGUCACCUGAGGAGAUUCCCACCCCUCUAAGACUGACAAUUCCAGACACACCUCCCAGUAUGAGGGCCAAAAUGAAGGAUCUGGAGCUCAGGAGGAAUAAUGGUACCAGUCUGUCCGAUUUAUCACUCAAUAAAGACAAUACGGCCGAAGAUGAACCAUUGAUCAGGAAGUUGUUCAGUACGGACAAUAUAGAUGUGGAGGAAGAGGACCCGCUGUUAGCAUUGAACAGAGCAAAAUCAACAGGUAAAACAGCAGUUGAUGAUGGCCGCAGCAAACAAACAGCAGCUACAUUGGAAACUCUUGAGACACCAAAGUUACCAUCAACUAAGAGGAUGAAUAAUCGCCGCAAAUCAAUGCCUUCAGUAAAAAUAUCAGAGAAAGAUUAUGUGGAUUUGCCUACCAGAUCAUCUCGACGUCGGAAGUCCCUUGUUGUAACAUCUGUCAGUCUGGACAGUAAUGUCACGGAAGAAUCCAGUGACAUACCUACAAACUCCAAUGAUACUGACAACUCAAAUAUUGGACAACAAGACAUAGUUCCUGUCAGAACUGGUGAAAAUUUGUCUGAUUGUACUGGGAAAAAGUCUGAACUACUGCUGAAAGAACCAGGUCAAGGAAAUAGCAAAACAGCAGUAAAGGGACGUAGAAAAUCGAUGGUUUGUAAAAGUAAUGCUACUAAACCUGUUGUUGAGAAUGUUUCUAGUAUUAAAGGUGGGGAAGCAAAUGUCAUAUCCUCUAACAAAGUAACUAGUAGAGGAGGUGGGGCCUGUCGGGGUAGGGGUAGGGCAUCAGAGCCCUCCCCUGACAGAUUGACCAGGAAAGGAGUUGGGGCAAGUAGGGGUAGGGCAUCAGAGCCCUCCCUUGUCAAAGGGGGCUUGACCAGUGGUGAGGCAAGUAGACGUAGAAGUUGUGCAUCAGAUACCUCUAGAGAGGCAGUUACAAGUGGAAGAAGAGCAACUGAUCCUGCCUCACGUAGAGGACAAAGAAAGUCUGUAACCUUUACCACUGCCCCAGAUAGUGUCAUCAAUCAGGACAACCAGUCUACAACCAGAAAGUCCAGUGAAAGUGAGCAGCAAUAUUCUGUUUCAAAGACUGACACAGUAUCAGCCAGUGUGACGGCUAUUUGUAAUUCUAACAAUCUUUCUAGUCAAACUGACAAUUGUGAGCAAAUAAGUACUGGAGUCCAUGACAUAGGGGAGGACUCUUCUGACGAAUCUUCAGGUAAUGUGGAUCCUCCUUUAGUAGGUUAUGAUAGCACUAGAGCCAAAUUACAGGCUCAAAGAAAGCAAAUCCCCACAAAAAAGAUAAAGAUGUUACUGCCGCAAGAUAAUUUGCCUAGCUCAUUUCUGAUUGAACCAACAAUGAAAUCAGAUAAAAUACAACCAAGCAUUCUUGAUAGUUGCUCUAUAGAAUCGGGAAAUGUGGUGCGUAAGGGGCGGAAGAGGAAAGUAACGACAGAUGAUGGCGAUAAAGAGUCUCGUAAAAAGUCCAGAAAGGGAAGCAGGUCUGAUUCCAUACAUCCACAGACAAAUGACAUGUUUUCUAGUAGUGAAGAGAGUGAUAAGGCAGUAAGUUACACUGCUCCAGUCAAAAAUAUAAUGAGGGAUAUGUUAGAAAAUGACAGUAGUUUGAGUGCUUCAAAUAUACAGACUGAAUCAACCCUACAGACAACUGGUCCACACGGUAUGUCCUUGUCCACUGUGUUUGGGGAUGAUACCAUGGCUUCUUCCAUUUCUGGUUUUGCACCACCAAGACCCAGUAUUGAUGAAUUCAAUAUAAAGAAGAUCAAGUCAUGCAGCAAACCAAGGAAAAAAGCAUUCUCCGAGUCAUCAGUAAGCCAACACAAGCAGAAGUUUAGUGACAGUGACAAGUCGAGCAGUGAUAGUGAUGGGGCACAAAAAUCAAGAUCCAAAUUUCAUGGGAAUGUAGGAUCUUCUUUCAGGCGAAGUCCACAGAGACCCUCAGUUGUCAUGACAAGUUUACACUCGCAUGAACAGGACACGGUCAUCUCCAUUGUGAAAAAGAUUGGGCAAUUUGUAAUCUCUGACAAUGUUUCUGACACGACGAGUCAUGUGAUAUGUGGUGGUCCUCGUCGUACCCUCAACCUGUUGUAUGCCGUUUCUAGGGGCUGCUGGAUCCUCCACCAGAAAUGGGUUUACGAUUCACUGGAUGCCGGUCAGUGGUUACCAGAGGAAGGGUAUGAGGUGACCAAAUGGUUUCCAUCUGUCAAGGCUGCCCGGCUACAGAAGGAAAGUUUGAAGGAAAACUACAAGUCAACACUGUUCUCUGGUGUAGGCAUCAUGUUCGUGUCACAGAAAACUUCCCCACCGAGGUCGCAUCUGGCUGCUCUCAUCAAACUUUGCGGUGGCCAGGUAACAAUGUCUACGUCCAAGGCACAGAUAAUUGUAGGCAAUGACUUCUAUCCUGACAGGACAAGUGUGUCGCCCCUCUGGAUUCUGGAUUGUAUUAUACAGCAGAGAUUAGAGCCAAUGGAAGCAUACCUUCAAGGUAGACCGAAACGGGAUAGCAGUCCAGAGUUUUAGGGUGCCAAUGGAAAUCUACUUCAAGGAAGACCCAAAAUAAGAACUGUCCAGAGAUUAAGUGGAGUCCACAUGGAGACAUUAUCAUGGCAGACUGAAGCUUAACUUCAGUCAAUGGGUAAAGGGAGCCAACAGAAUCUUCCUAUAAGGAGUUGACAGACCAAUAUGUGACAGCACACUUUAUGGUUGGGCCAAUGGAGACGUUAUGUUUAUAAUGCUGACCAAAAAGUGAUUUUACACUUUUAAUAGAGCGCUUAAUUGGAUGCAAUAUCACAGACUAAGACAAAAGACAACCAUUUCUGAAAAGAUGAAAACAGAGACACCAAGUUUAGGCAAUCUAGCUUACACUGGAUCAUAAUGUUGCAUCGUGAACAGACUCUCUGGACAUCUUAAACAAUAAUAUUAUGUACUUGAUACUGUCAAUAUUCUUUAUUUAUUCAAUGGUAUAGACAAAGGUGAAACUCUUAUAGCUAUGAAUUUAAGAUUUUAGGUCCAAUUGUUACAGAAUCAGGACAGCAUAGCUUUUGAUUCAGAAAGAAACUAAAAUGUUCCAUUUAAUUGAACAGCUCAUACUUUAGCUGUUCAUAAAGUACAUAGGGGCAUGUGCAAAGGAGACAUUUGAAAGUGAUGCACACCUUUCUAGUAUACGGGUACUUCAUGAUCUUUUAUAUAUGAUAAUUUUGAAUGAAAUUUAGAAACUUAUAAAUAAGUAAUAGUGUUUCUUGGACCAUUUUGAGAUGAAUCACAAGCCAGCACUUCAAAAUAAGUUGGAACUGAUCAUACAUUUGGCUGUGAUUACAAAUUAGGACUGCUGUCCAACAAUAACAGUAAAUGAGAUCAUAAAUGUUUUUCCAAGUCUUAAAAUGAAUUUUGAAAUUAAUAUGAGGGGAUAUUUAUAUAUAAUCAAUUAUUUAAUUUGCUCCUGUGUUAUAAUUUCUGUUGGAAUGAAUUAUUAAAUCUCCAUAUACACCUUGUUUUCUGUAAUGAUAUAUUCUGUGAUGGGAUUAAAGAAUGAAAUGUGAAA